CCUGCGUGGGCGUGGAAGACAAAAGUGUUUAACAUACACGAAUGAAAAAACAGAGGGGAAAUCAAUCUUCUCCUUUCUUCCAAAGAGCAAAUCUUCCAUCUUUUUUUAAGAUUUUAACUCAACAAUGGAGUUGGAUCCUCGACAGUACGAGCACAUUGCUAUUAAUGACAAUGAUGUCCGCAACAUUGUCUUAUCAUAUCUUGUACAUAAUUGCUUCAAAGAGACUGCAGAAUCAUUCAUUUCUUGCACUGGGAUGAAGCUUCCUGCUGAUUAUCCAGUGGAUAUGGACAAAAGGAAACCAAUUGUCCAUUUUGCAUUGGAGGGAAAUGCUCUCAAGGCCAUAGAAUUGACAGAACAGCUGGCACACAACUUACUAGAGGAAAACAAGGACCUGCACUUUGAUCUCUUGAGCCUUCAUUUUGUUCAGCUUGUUUGCUCUAGAAAAUGCGCAGAAGCUCUUGAAUUUGCUCAAACCAAGCUUACACCAUUUGGGAGUGUUCAGAAAUAUGUUGAGAAACUGGAGGACUUCAUGGCUUUGCUUGCUUACGAGGAGCCAGAAAAAUCACCGAUGUUCCAUCUGCUUAGUUUGGACUAUCGGCAGCAUGUUGCAGAUAAUCUAAAUCGAGCAAUUCUGGCACAUGCUAACUUGCCUAGCUAUUCUGCAAUGGAAAGGCUGAUACAACAAACCACAGUGGUUAGGAAAUCCUUACAUCAAGAGCUUGGAAAGGAUGAACAUCCACCAUUUUCUCUGACAUCUUUCCUGAAGAGUUGAAGAAGGUGGCUGGAAUUUUCAGCAGGCAAACAAUGAGGCACAUUGCUUAAACAUCAGAUCAUCUGGUGUAAUAGUUGCUCAUGGGUGCAAUAUAAUCUUUGAAAUCUUGCUCGUUUGUAGAGAAUUAAUAGCAGAGAUGUCUUGUAUCCAGUCGUCGGCGUUUUGGUGAGAUGUGCCUUUCUCAGUUAAGUGGCCAGAAUCAAAAUCAGGUGCUUGGUAUUGGAGUCACAAAGUUGCCUUGUUCAUGGAUUGUUGGUCUUGGUGGGCGUGGCUGUCAUCUAUUUGCAUUUGUAAGCGAUUAGAAUAGUGCACUUUUCGAUUUUUUUUUAGGUGGUUGGUUUCACUGUUACUGAUAGAUAUCAGAAGAAACGAAAGAAUAGGAAUCACAAUCUUAUUUUGUUGCAAGAACUUGGAAAUUAUUGGUAUGUAAUAUUAUUUGGGAAGUAAAAGUUCCACUUUACUAA